AUGGCGGAUCUUUCGAAAUACAAUCCCGGCCCCUGACAUACCAGAGGCGGCGGCGGCGGCGACGUCGCCACCCGGGCUCCCUCCUCGGCCCCGGGCUGCCCUGUAGCACUCCAGUCCGGGCAAACUGGGAAAGGAAGCGACUGGGCAGAGCUACUGUGCACGGGCAAAACAAGCACUGCCCGGGUUCGGCAUUGCCCGGGACCUUCUGGAGCCCCCGCCUCGGAGCCCUAGGGAGGAGAAAGCAAAGCGGCAGCCGGCAGAGCACCUGAUCACCUUUGUAGCAGGAGAACGAUCAUGGAGGUGGUGCCAGCUGAGGUGAAUAGUUUGCUUCCAGAGGAGAUAAUGGACACUGGUAUAACUUUAGUGGAUGAUGAUAGUAUUGAGGCUGUUAUUGUUUCAUCCCCAAUUCCUAUGGAGACAGAACUGGAAGAAAUUGUCAACAUACAUUCUACUGGUGACUCUGCAGCCACGCCCAUUUCCACGGAAUCAAUCACAGUGUACAGUAACCACACUAACCAAGUUGCAGUGAAUACCACAAUUACUAAAGCAGAUUCUAAUACCACAGUGAAACCAUCUUUUCCAAGUGGCCUUCAAAAACUUGGUGCUCAGACUCCUGUGACUAUAUCAGCCAAUCAGAUUAUUUUAAACAAAGUAUCACAGUCAUCUGAUCUUAAACUUGGCAAUCAGACCCUUAAACCAGAUGGACAGAAGUUAAUUUUAACAACUUUGGGCAAGUCUGGUUCACCAAUUGUUUUAGCACUACCCCAUAGCCAACUACCCCAGGCUCAGAAAGUUACAACUCAGUCCCAGUCAGGAGAUGCUAAGUUACCACCGCCGCAAAUUAAAGUAGUUACCAUUGGAGGGAGGCCAGAUGUGAAACCUGUCAUUGGUGUCUCAGCAUUGACCCCAGGAAAUCAACUGAUUAAUACUACAACUCAGCCCUCUGUGUUACAGACCCAACAGUUAAAAACAGUACAGAUUGCUAAGAAGCCUCGAACACCAACCUCUGGUCCAGUGAUCACGAAGCUGAUCUUUGCAAAACCAAUUAAUAGUAAAGCAGUUACAGGACAGACAACUCAAGUAUCACCACCGGUCAUUGCAGGUAGGGUUCUUUCACAAUCUACUCCUGGAACUCCAUCAAAGACCAUAACAAUACCUGAGAGUGGUGUUAUUGGAUCAACUAUAAAUUCUACAACACAGACACCAAAUAAAAUAGCCAUCUCACCUUUGAAAUCACCAAAUAAGGCAGUAAAGUCAGCUGUGCAGACCAUCACUGUUGGAGGAGUAAACACAUCACAAUUUAAGACAAUUAUUCCUCUGGCAACUGCUCCCAAUGUCCAGCAGAUUCAAGUGCCUGGAAGCAAGUUCCAUUAUGUGCGGCUGGUUACUGCCACAACAGCCAGCAGUUCAACCCAGCCAGUCAGUCAGAAUCCCAGUACGAACACUCAACCUCUUCAGCAAGCGAAGCCAGUGGUGGUUAAUACAACACCAGUACGGAUGUCAGUUCCAUUUGUCCCAGCUCAGACUGUCAAACAGGUUGUUCCAAAACCAAUCAACCCAACUUCACAAAUAGUAACCACUAGCCAGCCACAGCAACGGCUUAUCAUGCCUGCUACACCACUGCCACAGAUCCAGCCCAACCUCACUAACCUUCCCCCGGGUACUGUCCUGGCUCCAGCUCCAGGAACAGGAAACGUGGGCUAUGCAGUGCUUCCAGCACAGUACGUUACUCAGCUACAGCAGUCUUCAUAUGUGUCCAUAGCAAGCAACUCAAACUUCACUGGAACAUCUGGCAUCCAGACACAGGCAAGGCUUCCAUUCAAUGGCAUAAUCCCAUCGGAGUCUGCCAGUCGGCCCAGGAAGCCCUGCAAUUGUACAAAAUCUCUAUGUUUGAAAUUAUAUUGUGAUUGUUUUGCCAAUGGUGAAUUUUGCAACAACUGCAAUUGUACUAAUUGUUAUAACAAUUUGGAACAUGAAAAUGAAAGGCAAAAAGCAAUAAAGGCAUGCCUUGACAGAAAUCCAGAAGCCUUUAAACCAAAGAUAGGGAAAGGAAAGGAGGGAGAAUCAGAUCGACGGCACAGCAAGGGGUGUAACUGCAAACGGUCAGGAUGCCUUAAAAACUACUGUGAAUGCUAUGAGGCAAAAAUAAUGUGUUCUUCAAUAUGUAAGUGCAUUGGCUGUAAGAAUUUUGAAGAAAGCCCAGAAAGAAAGACACUGAUGCACUUAGCAGAUGCAGCUGAAGUAAGGGUCCAGCAGCAAACGGCGGCGAAGACGAAGCUAUCUUCUCAGAUUUCAGAUUUGCUUACUAGGCCAACGCCCACUUUAAAUAGUGGAGGAGGAAAGUUGCCGUUUACAUUUGUAACUAAGGAAGUGGCUGAAGCCACAUGUAACUGCCUUCUUGCCCAAGCUGAGCAGGCAGACAAGAAAGGAAAAUCAAAGGCAGCAGCGGAACGCAUGAUACUUGAGGAGUUUGGACGAUGUCUGAUGAGUGUCAUCAACUCUGCAGGAAAGGCGAAGAGCGACCCCUGUGCCAUGAAUUGCUAACUCCAGCCCAGGAGACAAGGAAUGGAGUUGUACAGGAAAUUUCAUUUUUUGCAAGCUAGCUUUGACAGUUCUGUAUUUUAAUUCAGUCCUUGUUUUAAAAAACCUGAGGUGAUAAUAUUGAGAGAGAAGAAAUUUUAAAUGAGGGAAUUAGUACAUUUUAAAUACCAGUUAAUUCUGCUUAUGCCCCUUCUAAAUUGAAUUUAGCUUAUUUUUCCCUUUAUUGUAUUAUAUAGAUGUUUAAUUUGCUUGAGUUUCUUAAGAAGUAGAUGUUCUAUCCUUCUGAUUUUAUUGACAAAGAACACUGAUAAAUUACUGUAAUAUAAUUUAUAAUGUAUGGCGUUGUAUGACUUUGUUCAGUAGAAGAAGCCAAAGUAGCAUGGGCCCAGUCAUCUUUGGUUCUAGUUCUAGAAUACAUUCAGAUAUGCAGCUAGAAUGUCUACAUAACAAAUUCAAAUGAAAUAGAUUCAAAUGAUGUUUUGGGUUAGAAAAAGCACUAUCUUUUUAAGAAAAAAAAUCAGCUUUUUAGGAUAGAUUCUGGAAUAAUGUCCUGUUAUCUCUGAAAAUAUCAAAAAGGGUAGUAAUUCCCACGUACACUUUUAAAAUGAAAAAAUUGUUUUAAAAAAAUAAAUCCACAUGUAAGGCAUUCAGGGGCAGGAAGGGAUUUCAGAGGAGGGCAUGUGCUCCUGUGAGGAAUGGCUACCUGCGCUCCGUGUCGGGAUUCCUUUCAGAGUGGUGCAUGUGGGAACAGUUGUCAUGUGGAAGUAAGAGGACUGGGAAGAGAAGUACACGCCAUUCCAUUGAGACAGGACAGCAUGGAUCACAUAUAAUAAGGAUCAGGCUCAGCACCGGGCUUGGAAAGAGAAGUCAGGAAUUUUGAGAUGGAAAGAGAUGAAUUUAGGGAAGGACUUUUCA